GUGUUGAUUGGAUCUCAGUAACCGUCCAUCACUCACUGACCCUCUCACACAACUAACAGUCCACUCUUGUUCUCGCUUUCAGCCACAUUUACUGUGUUUUCUGUCGCUGUGUGUUGUGGAAGAUGAAGAUGUUCAGAACUAUAUACAAGCAGGCGAAGAAACAUCCCGGGCUCAUGCCUCAGUUCCUCUUCAUGUUUGUUGGAGUGAGUGGAGCGUUUCUCUAUCUGAUCCGGCUGGCUCGUGGACCUUACAUCAGCUGGGACAGGAAGAAUAACCCUGAACCGUGGAACAAUCUCGACCCGACCUAUCAGUACAAGUUGGUGGCCGUCACCACAGACUACGAGAGUCUGAAGAAAGAAGGACCUGACUUUUAAAAGACCUCAGCAGAACUGCAGGCGCGCACACACACACACACACACACACACACACA